AUUUACUCUCCUCCCAUUCCUGCCUCCACCGUUCGAUGACCAGAGACAAUGUCUCUUGCCAUGGAAGACGACUUUGGCAUCGUAUACGUCGUCGAGAAUGCCCAGCAGUUCUGGUCAGAGCUGGACGACAUUUUGACGAUGCCGCGAGGAGCGCCGCCGACGCUGCAACAGUUGGACGGAAUGAUGAACAGGUGGCUGGGAAUCUGUGCCAUAUAUCAUGAACUCUAUUUGCAAACACCACUCCAGCUGGAGCAUGCGGUCGACCUUUUGCUCGAUUCGGAGCUGUGGGCCUUCCACUCUGAGAGAAUGUGCGAGAAUCUGGCUGAGACCGCCAAGUCAAAUACCGACCCACACGCUCAGCUCGUUACCUUCAAUGUUCUAUUACGGUAUGGCCAGCGAAAAACUGAUUUCUUUCGUGCGCAAAGGCGAUGGGGCACGUUGGUACCGUUGCUAAUGGAUCAUACACUCGUGGAGAUCGAUGAGAACGAGGAUGGUGUCAUCGAGGCUAAACUACGGCUAGUGGGCGUAAGGUUGCUGUAUGAAGUCUGUCGUUGGCAAAAGCUUAGCGUCGCCGAGUUACGCGUCUUUGACGAUUCCUUUAUCGAUUACUUGUUUGAUUUGGUGGAACAGACAAGACACGUCCAGGACGAGACCUUUAACUAUUCUGUAAUAAAACUGAUAGUGGCAUUCAACGAGCAGUUCAUGGUGGCUUCUAUAUGUGAUCGCGAGCAAAGUGGAGUAGAGCAGAACCGUGUUCUGAGGGUGUUGAUGCGGCGACUAGGUUCGAGCAAAACCUUUGGAGAGAAUAUGAUAUUUAUGCUCAACAGAGCUCAGCGGACAUCAGACGACUUGUGCAUGCAGUUACUGGUACUCAAGCUGAUCUAUCUGCUAUUUACGACAAAGGGUACCGAAGAAUAUUUCUAUACGAACGAUCUAUGUGUAUUGGUUGAUGUGUUCUUGAGAGAAGUGGUUGAUUUGGACGAGGACAGCGAGUCGCUGCGACAUACGUAUCUCCGCGUAUUGCAUCCGCUACUAACGAAGACGCAACUCAAAGAUGUACCAUAUAAGCGGCCCCAGAUCAAGUGUGCUUUGGAGAGUUUGGUGCGGGACAGCAGAAUACAUGAUAUCAAUCCAACGACCAAGAGGCUCGUGGAACGGUGUCUCGGAGGAGAAUGGUGCGUGCAGCUGAAAAAGGCAGACGACGUGUCCAGAUCCUCUACACCGAGCGAUUCCGUUGCCCCGAGUCGGAGCCACCUAGGCCUGCCAGCAAGCGUUGACGGUAUGGGUUCGGGAACGCCUGGAAAGACGCUCAAGUCUAGCCGAAGCGCAGAAAAUAUGGUUGCGAAGGGAGGAAUCCGUGUUGGGGCCGUGCGAAGACCGAGUAACGCCAGUGCCGGCAGUUUCUCUGGCGUGGCGACCGCUGCUCCUUCUACGUCUACAUCCAAACCUCCAGUCCCCUACCCACGCCGGAAAGGAACUGCCAGCUCAGAGCAUGUCGAGAGACUUCAUGUUGAACGACCAUCACAUUCUCACCACAUCGAUCUCUCCUCCCAAUCCGACGCUGGAGGCGAACCGGCCCGCACUAAGCUUAGGAAGCCUCCACCUGCGCCCGUGGCGCCUGGUGUCUAUUCCGCUCCUCCUCCGAUACCACCGAAGCGGAGAAAACCUCCAGCUGUGCCCGUCAGAUCUGGCAGGCAGGUUACUGUUUUCGAGACCAUCAAGACAUCGGCGACGAGUCCAUUGACUAGAUGA